GUUUAAGGGGACUGGGUGUGAGUGUGCUGCUCCCGCUGGCCAGCGCGCGUCAGUCGGUCCGCGCGCCCCCGCUCGCGCUGCGCGGCUGGCCCCGGCUUUGGGGUGGGAGGAGGGGGCUCCGCACGCGGGGUGGGGGUGGGGUCUCGGGCGACUGGCGAUCGGGCGGAGCGGGAGCCGAAGCCGAAGCCGAAGCCGAAACCGAGGCAGAUUGAGGGUGCUCGGCUCAGCUCUGCUAGCCUAUCGCAGCCCGCACACAUCCCGGGCAUUCUCGGAGCGGGCUGGGGGUGGGAGGUGCUCCCCGGCGUCAGAAGUUAUAGGGUCUCCUAGGGAAGGGGUGCUCUCACUCCUCAACCUAACCUUUCUCCAUCUCUCCCCGGUCCCAUUCUGCUGGACCGGGUGGGCGAUGCAGCCCCACCAGGGAGCCCAAUUGCCCUCCCCGCUCUGAUGGCCGGGCCCAGCCUCUGCGAGCGCUGCCGGCAGACGUUGCCGCAGCUCGGGGCGUCGCGCUGCCGCCAGGACCCCUAACUAGCGGCGGCGGCAGCAGCGGCAGCAGCGCCUCUCUUUGCUGGUAGCCCCGCCGCCGCUGCUGCCGCCGCCCGAGGACGGGAGAGCAGAGCAUCUUCCCCCGUCCUCCUCCCUCAUUUAUUCCCUCCCUCCAUCCUUGUUUCUUCUUUUCUUCUCUCUUUCCCUCCCUUCCCAUCCCCACCCUUCACGGAGUCUUCCCAGCGCGCACGGCUAUGGCGUGAGGGGCGCCUCUGCCCCCGCGGGGAUGGGCACCAAGCCGGGCCAGACCGAGCGGGUCUCGCCGCCGCCGGGCCCAGACGCCGGGGCCCCUUGUCCUGAGCUGCUGUCGGUGGCGGAAGAGGCCUUCCGCGGGGGCAAUUACGAGCUGGCUGCCGAGAUCUACGGCUCGCAACUGGCCGAGUUGCCCCAGCCGGAGCGCAGUCUCUGCCUGCGGCGAGGGGACGCGCUGGCCCGGGCCGGCCGUGCCGCCGAGGCGCUGGACUCGUACACCGUGGCCGCCCGCCUGGGCAACCUGCGGCCGGAGGAACUGAAGGAACUGGUGGAGAGCUGCGCCUUGGCCAUCCGCGAGGAGCUGCGCCUACCACCCUGGGAGCCAGCCCCCUGUGGCGGCGAGUCUAGCGCCUGGGACGAGCCGGCAGCAACCCCCGACCCAGUUUCUGCUGCCACCUCCUCGUCCUCCACCCUUGCGGAUGCCUGGGACUUGUUUUGCUGCCCGCGGUGCCGGCUCCUGCUCUGCGACCCAGUGACCCUGCACUGCGGACACACACUGUGCAAGCGCUGCACCGAGACAGACCCCGGGCUCCCCGCCGGCCCCUGCUGCCCAGCCGCCAAGUCCCCGCCCAGUCGAGAGGACAGCUGCCCCGCUCGAGUCAACGUGGUACUGGGCAACUUGCUCGAGAAGUGUUUUCAGACGGAGAGCCGGGUGCGGAGGCUAGUCAGCCAGGCGGAGAGUUUACAGCACCGACAUGAGCUGGACGCUGCCUUGCACAAAUACGACCAGGCUUUGGAGCUGGCUCCUGGUGAUAGUUUGCUAACAGUACAACGAGCAGAAUUAUGUACAGUCAUGAAGAAAUAUAACCAAGCCCUUCAUGAUGCUGAUGCAAUUUGCAGAAGAAAACCCCUGUGGCCAAAGGGACAUUAUGUGAAAGCACAGGCUCUUUUGGGAUUGGGAAAAACUGAGGAGGCAUUGAAGGAGUUUCUUUACUGUGUUGCCUUAAAUCCCGGACGAGGAAUAAUGAAGAAAGAAGCGCAAAAGAUAAUGUGUGAAGUGUUUUUCCCAGCUUUGGAAAAUGUACAUGAAAAUUUAUCAUCUCCCAUCCGAAGUCGAACACCAUACACCAGAUUGAAACCUAAAUUUCUGAGCAACAUAAAUACUAAGUCUAAACUAGAAGAUGAUUCUAGUGCAGGAUGUUCUAAGGAUUCUUUGUUCCAAUUCAACAAAAUUCUGUCCCAGGAGUCUGAUGUCUAUCAAAACUCUGAUUCUUCAGUUUCACAUCAUGUACUCGAUCUACACUUUGAAGACAAAAAGACUUUUAAAACUGCCCUUUCCAAUGUAUCUAGUGCUAGUUUAAAAAGAAAGUUUUCUGCUGAUUUGGAAGAUGUACUGAAUCUUAACAUCCCUAACAAAAUUUCCAAGGAAGAUGAAGAGACCUUACCUCAAAUUGUUCCAAGUACUAAAUUAGGAAAGAGUCCAGUAAUCUUGUUAGAUGCAUCAGACUUUGAAUGCUCACUUUGUAUGAGAUUAUUCUAUGAACCUGUUACUACACCAUGUGGGCAUACUUUCUGCCUAAAAUGUCUUGAGCGCUGCCUUGACCAUACACCAGAUUGUCCAUUGUGCAAAGAGAAGCUUUCUGAAUUUUUGGCAAGCAGAAGUUAUAAAAAAACCAUACUGACUGAAGAAUUAAUACUUCGCUACUUACCAGAAGAGUUAUCUGAUAGAAAAAAAGUUUAUGAUGAUGAAAUGAAGGAGUUAUCAAAUUUGACUAAAGAUGUUCCCAUCUUUGUGUGCACCAUGGCCUUUCCUACAAUCCCUUGUCCACUACAUGUCUUUGAACCUCGAUAUAGGCUUAUGAUAAGAAGAUGCAUGGAAACUGGCACCAAACGGUUCGGCAUGUGUUUAGCUGAUGAACUUAAAGGGUUUGCUGAUUAUGGAUGCAUGUUGGAAAUUAGAGAUGUCAGAUUUUUUCCUGAUGGAAGUUCAGUUGUUGAUACAGUUGGCAUUAGUCGCUUCAGGGUUUUAAGUCAUGGUCUGAGAGAUGGGUAUAACACUGCAAACAUUGAAUAUCUUGAAGAUAAAAAGGUGGAGGGACCAGACUAUGAAGAACUUGUCCAUCUUCAUGAUUCUGUAUAUGAUCAAGCUGUUUCCUGGUUCACUUCUCUUAAGGAAAACAUGAAAGCACAAAUUUUAAAUCAUUUUGGGUCAAUGCCAAGCAAGGUAUCUGAGCCACAGAGUAAUCCUAGUGGUCCAGCAUGGUAUUGGUGGCUCCUGGCUGUGUUGCCAUUAGAAAACCGGGCUCAGCUUGCUAUACUUGGUAUGACAUCCCUUAAAGAUCGUCUAAUUGCCAUCAGGCGUGUAUUAAUAUUUGUAACACGUAAAAGACCCAGAUGACAAGGGCUAAUUUAUAACCAGACAGAGGACAAAUCGAGAUUUCUGUCUCUCUCAAGAUUGUUGGAAACCCUUAUGCUUUUAAGUGUCAAGCACAGGUGAAUAGCCAUCCAUUUUGGUGUGUGAGACACACUAAUUAUAGGGUCACAAAAUGGACAAUUUACCAAACUUUGAACCCUACUCAGAAGUGAAAACACUGUGCCUGCCAUCCUGGUGGAACCUGAGCCUCUAUAAUGUAAUUCUGCAAUUAUAAUGGAGUUCAUAGAUGUGGAAAACAAUUUAAGAAAACCUCUUCAUAGUAAAUGCUUCUAGCCUGCAAUACACUGUGCUCAAAGCACUGGAACACCACAAGUGGCUUAUGUGCAGUUUGAAUUUUACAGGGAAAAAGUACUCCCUUGACAGUAAAAUCUUUUGCUAAAUUAGGUGUAUUUGCCGGAGGGGAAAAAAAUUCAUAUGGAAGUAGUUUUCCCAGAGCUCAUUGCUGAUACACAACAUCGCCACCCUUUUUUGUGUUUAUGAAAUAUUCUUGUCUGUGAAGUUGAGUAGUCAUGGCAUUGUCCAUUGAAAGCUAUGUAAUGUCUACAUAAGUGAUAGCUACUAAAUAGAGCUGUAUUUGGUAGCCUGUAGUAGUCCCUAGUGUUGUAAUUUGCAUGUUGUCAUCAAAUGAAUGUCAAAAUACAUCUGAAAGAGGUGUACUUUGAAAAUAGAAAAACCUAAAAGUAGUGUAUCUGGUCAGAAGAGCUAGCUAUACGGUAAGGAAUCAUCAAGACCAAGGAAAUUCACUAUAUUUAUUGGGAUGUCAAAUGUGCAGACUAUAGGCUAGAGCUGGCCCACUGAACAUUUAAAAAAUAUAAAUAACCUUGUCUUAUUAAUUCAAUGAAUGAUGUGUGUUUUGUGAAAUACUAGUCUAGGCCACCAUUAUUUUCAUAAGCAGAAAGUUAGCCAUCAACACAUUUGAGUUUGGCACCCCUCCACUACUACAUGAAGAUGUUAAAAGCUGCUACAAAUAGUUUUCUGUUUCCAUUCAGAUGCAAGGAAAGUUUGUGACUGUGUGAUUAGUGUGGGUGUGUAAGCAUUCUGCAAUGUUCCCUAUAACACCAGCUUAAAAAUCUUAACCCUUGUUUUUAGAAGCUGAUAUCCUACAAUGAUCAGAACAGGUGUUAUCUAUUAAAGAAGGAUGCCUGUAUGUGCCAACCUAAUACAUAUUAUGUUUGGAACAGUGUUGGUUAAAAAGGACUAUUUUAACCUGUACUGGUUACUGUUCUGAUUGACAUAUCAGUUGGUGCAUGUGGACAGAUUCUUGGUCCAUGAUAUUGAUGUUCUCCAUAUGAAAGAAGGCAUGGACUUUAUGUAAAUGAAAGGAAAAACUCACUUCAAGUUUUGUUAUCCUCAUUCAAUGUAUAUGGUAUUUGGUUUUUAAAAAAAUAUAUUUCAUAAUACCAAAUGUUUCUGGUUUGUCAGUCCGUUAAUCAGAUCAUUAGGAAUUUAAUAAAAUGACAGUAUUACUUUAGUUCAAGUUGUAUGGGUUUCCACUGCAUCAAAACUACUUCUCCAAGCAGAAGAUCAGGAAUGGGAUAAAUUUGAUCUUUCCAAGAGACAUGGAGGGUUCCUGUGCCAUGUAAAGGAAUUUUGAAAAUAUUGAUGAUCAAAUGUUUAAAGUGCCUCACUUGCUUAUUUUGAAUUUCUUAUCUCAAUACAGAUGUAGUUUAAAAUCAGUUUUGCCCAAAUAAGUUCUAAAACAUUGCAUCAAUAAAAACAUUUAACAACUGUAAUAGUAUUCAACUUUUUUAGGCAUUGAAGUCUCUGAUCUUCUAACAAAAACAAGUGUCUGAUGUUUCAGAAAGCUUUUAUUGUGUAAGUGUUUCAUAAAAAUUAGCAAUAUGCACUGAAUAUUCUGUAUCUUUUUCUUUAUGAAAAAUAUUUUUAUCUUAAUUCAGAAUAUUUGCAAUUUUUAUUGAAAUUUUUAGGCGUAUAAUUAUUGUCGGUGGCAUAAUUAUUCUGGCAGCCUUUCUGAAAAUUUAAGUUUUCUUGUAGUCAGUCAGAGUAAUAAAAGGGUUAUCUGUAUCAGUGCUCUUCCCAUUAACGUUUAGAAUCUAGCUGCGUGUCCUCUGCACUAUUGACAUAUAGCUCACAGUUCUCAGAGAAAGACUUCUCUGAGUGAGUUAGCAUUUAUUUUUUUCUCUCUUUCAUUUAUUUCUAUUUGAAUCUUGCCAAAUCUAUUAAUUCUGUCUUCCUUCCCUUCUUUAAAAGUUGGUACAUGCUAUACAACAAUGCUGACGUACAUCAGAACAACACACAUGUUUUUGCUACCAAAGGAAAUAGAUGAUGAUCAUAGGACCCUGUUGAAAGUUCAUAAUUUGAGACCUGUCUCUUAUACUAAGUCUAACAUUUAGCAGCAGCUGAGUACUUGAUGAUGAGUCCUAGAUGAUAGGAGACUUGCCAGAAAGUUAGUUUUAUAUUUGCCUCCAUAAUUCUUUGAAGGAACCCUUCAAGUUAAAAACAAAAGAAAAAAUACCAAACUUCUAUCUGCAAAAAUUCUAUCUAAAACUUGGGAGUGUUAAAAAACAGUUUGAGAAAAUCUUAAUUCUAACAGUAGAUCAUACCUUCUUAUUAAUAUAAAACACCACAAUUCUUAAGGACUUCCUUAAAAACUAGUGUUACUGGUUAUUCAAAACCAGGGUCUUCCAAUUUCAUUUUGAAGUAAGUAUUCUUAAACAGUAUUGUUUUAUCCUAUCAACUUACCAACUCCUGACUUUUCCUUCUUUUUAGUGAGCAUUUUUAACUUGUACUAAAUUUAAUAAUAAUAAUAAUACCAAUUCUUAACGGCAGUUUUUCUUCCCUGAGUACAGCUAAGCUCUCUGUUAUUUAACAUCCUUUAAAAUGAAACUGACAGUAUAUGGUAAUAGCAGAAGAGCACUGCCUUUGGAACCAGAGGACCUGAGUCAGAUUCCAUCAUCGAUCUUUGUGUGACCUUGCCCAGUCACUUAACCUUGCUGUGCCUCAUCUUCUUCAUCUGUAAAAUGGGGGAAGCUGCAUUAGAUGGCCACUAACACUCUCUCCAAUUCCCUGUCUAAUCAUAUGAGCCUGUUUCUGUCUAAGGUUGCAAAAAUACAUGGUAAAAAUGGACCCUAGCUGCAAUGUCAUGAAAGUUUACAAUAUGAUAUUACCACAUUAAAGUAGAGUCACUUUUACUUCAAAAUGAGAUAACCACAAUUUUCUUGCCUAGAGCAGUAGUUAGACUUUUUGUCAGUGGUAAAUAAAAGAUGGAACAUUGAGACCUAUGUCAGCAGCCCCAAGGUAAGAUUCUUUUACUGUAUAAAAAAUGGGACAAUGCUUACCCAUUUUUAGAAUUAACAAGUACUAAAAGCAGUAUGUUUUACAGUGAAUAAACCAUUUAUGAAUUGGAGAUUAACUAUAUGUGAAAACUAUCCAUUUGAAAAGUUAUUUUAGGGAAUGUCUGAAUCAAAUUUCAGUGUUACUUUAUUAUAUUAAAAGUCUUCAGAAUGUAGUAAUACCCAAUAAUGUAACUACCAUAGUAGUAGCUAUAAGUCAAAACUCACUAUUCUUUAAAAUUGCCAGAUAACAGAGAGUUUACUGUAAUAUUUUUUAUAUUUCCCUAUUGAAGUACUUCCAUAUUUCUAACUCUUCUAUUUUUUUCUGUUGUCUUUUCUAACCAUUCAAGUUAGGGUAAUUUCUACCAAUUCAAAAUUUAUAUACUUUAUCCAUCAAAUAAAGGUAGAACCUAAACAAAUUUACAUGGUAACUUUCUAGAAAGGAAUUUGGGCUAGAAAUAAGAAGAAAAGGAAGUCUAGGAAGUUUAAAACAGAAAAUUACGGGUAAUAGCUAUUUCUACAGCGCUACACUGUAGUUUUUCCUCAAUGGGAAUCUCUUCUCCCAUCAAAUAGCAUAGGAGUCACAGAUAAGCAGUGGCAGCUGGUGAAUUUUCUGGGCAUCAUUCCCUUCUAAAUGGCCUAACCUUGUUUUUUGGAUAAAUUCUUCUCCUAUUGCCUAUUAAAACCUAAUUCAGAGACAUACAGUCAUGAGUAGGUGAAGUGGGAGCAUUUCUCAUUUUGAGCCAUCCAUACAGGUAGAAAACACUGAACUCUGAAAUGUUACUGAUUCUCGCCUCCUUUUCUUCCUGGUGCUAGAUAGUUAAUCCUAAACAGUUUGCUUUUAAUUCUUAGGAAGGACCAACUGAAGUACUUAGAAAAAGUUUAAAUACUAAAAAGUGUUGACCCAAGCCCAACCAACCAACCAACCCUUAGAAUAGCCGUUCAGUAACAGUUUUGCCUUUAGUAUAUUCUGCAUUUUAGAAAACAUUAUGUUGGCAUGAGAUAAUCAUAUAAAAGUGCCACUGCUCCACUCUGGCAAAGUUGGGGAUCAUAAUUCGUGCCUGGAUAUAUGUACCUGGAUUCAGCUAAUGGAAGAAGUCUAUCCUUGGCAAAUAAGUAGAAAUGUGGUAUGUAAGCAGGCCUUGUGACUGACUGCAACCACCCCAACUAUGCAAUUUGAGUAUGGCAUUUCAAUGAAGUAGCCACCUGUUUCCACCAUGAAGUAGAAGAAAAGCCCUUGGUUGCAAGAAGGAUUAAAUAUCAGCAAUUGUACUUAAGGCCAACGACUAUGGAAAACCUCUAGGUAAUGAAAUUUGGACCAAGAUUGUACCCUGAAUGCUUCAAGGUAGUUUGCCCCAUUGAUGAGGCUGGAUUGGCAAAUAAAAGCUUUUAGAAAGAAAAUGAAAAUCAAUUUUUAACAUAAAUAAACUUUUUGCUUUUCAGGGACCACUUUUUUAAAAUGCCAUUUGGGGCCUUUGCCAUCUAUAUUUUAACAUUAAUAGUUUGUCAAGCUUUAUACUACUAACAGUCUGAUCAGUUACAGACUUUUCAUACCUCUCAUAUUGCAUACCCCCACACGGUUUUCACACUGAAAUACAUGGAAAAACUGUUCUUGCUAAGAUGGAAAGUUGUAUACUUUAUUCAUAUGUAGCUUUCAUGCUAGUGGAGUUGGUAUUGGUAGCGCCUUAAUUUUGCAGUUGUGAAAUGAUUGUAUCAAUUAAGAAUCUGAUCUGUAUUUUUUAUAUAAUUAAAUGAGCAGGUUUGAAUGAGUAAGUUUUAACAUAGAUAAACUUGAAAUGAAAUCAUGCUCUUACCUGUUUAAAGACAAUGUGUUAUUACAUCUGUGUAAUAUAAAUUAUUAAUCUGCGCCUUCUCUUUUAUAUUUCUUAAGUAUCAGACAGGUCCAUGUUGUCAUAACAGUGUUUGGCAUUCUUGUUGCAUAAGUGAAGCCAAACUGAAAUGCUGCAAUAUUCACUUCAUGUAUAUUUGUAAUAUUCAUUGGAAAUGUGUAUUUAAUUUAUGUGAUGUUUGGAAUAAAUAAAUGAAGUUCUCAUUGUUGCAUAUCUACUACAAUAAAACUUCUUGGGAAUUAGAAA